GGGCACAGGUGGGUGACACUGGUGGGUGGGCACAGGUGGGUGGCACUGCUGGGCACAGGUAGGUGGCACUUCUGGGCACAGGUAGGUGGCACUGCAGAGUGGCACAGGUGGGUGCACUGCUGGGCACAGGUGGGGGCACUGCUGGGCACAGGUGGGGGCACUGCUGGGCACGGGUGGGCGGAAGUUGCGGGUGUCACUGCUGGGCACGAUCAUCAGGGCACUGAUCAUCAGUGCCCUGAUGAUCGGUGCCGAUCCCCGCUCUGACAACUGCCGGUUCUCGGCAGUACUUUCCUCACGAUCUGACAGCGUGAGGAAAGUGCAGCCGAGAACCGGCACUUGCAU